UUUGAAGGAUUCGUGAAAGUGACGGGGACACUGUCCAACUUACAGGUCACCGGCACCCUGCCUACCGUAAUAAACAUACUUGCUGAGUACUUCAAUACCUGUGUGCAGUACGUGGUGCCCGAGGAUGGGCUCUACGGCGUCAGGCUGGACAACGGCAGCUGGUCGGGACUCAUGGGUUUAUUCAACCGCAGGGAGGUAGACAUCAGCGGGGUGUUCAUGAACUUGGACUCACUGAGGCACACUGUGGUAGAGCCCACUGUGCCCCUCUACGCCGACUCCCAAGUCCUCUUCUACUUGAAGCCCAGCAGCCAGGCAGACAUCUCUGGGUUCAUCAAGCCUUUUACUUCUCUGUCGUGGGUGGCCAUACUGGUAUCGUUGGUGGUGGUGUUCGUAGCCAUGUUGUUGACUCAGGUACUGGAGGGCCACUACCGCGCACCAAACACACACACCAACAAUAAGUUAAAGAGUCGCGACGAGAUGGCUGAUGAGAGGAAGAGUUCAGAAGACCCCGUGUGGACCUCGUGGCUGUGGUCACUGGCGACUUUCCUGGCUCAGUCCUCGCCGUGGUUGCCGCGAGGUCCAGGACUGCGGACGGUGGCGGGCAUGUGGCUGGUGAUAUCAUUGGUGGUCAGCACGGUCUACAAGUCCAACUUGAAGGCUAUGAUGAUCCUGCCUAAGAUGCGCCUGCCCUUCACCAAUCUGGAAGAGCUGUUGGAAACGGACAUUCUCUGCCACAUAGCAGGGUCCACCCUCAUCCACCACACCAUCAUGGAAGCUAAGCCCGGGUCGCUGUUCUUUCGGCUACAGAAGCAAAUGGUGGUACACAAUGACAUGGCCAAACUUAUAGUCGACGGCCUGGCUGGGAAAUAUGCCGGCUUAAGCAGCAAAUAUGGGUUGAUGUCCGUUUUGCACUACCUCUUCCUGCAGACCAGGAGCUGCAAGAUAUUUACAGGCACUGACACAUAUCUAGCCGCCAUGCCCUUCUCCUUAGUCGUGCCCCGCGGCUCUCCCAUCAAGGCCAAGGCAGACACUAUCUUGAGUCGGUUGAAGGAAAGUGGCAUUAUCACUUACUUACUGAAUGAGAAAAUCCGCUAUGGUAUCGAAUGUCUCAAGAGGAACACAGAGCCCGCCAAUUCUGGCAGCUCCCUCAGACCCCUCGAACUGCGUGACUUCUACGGGGUGUUCGCCGUGUAUGGUGGAGGGAUUGUGCUUGCUAUCCUGGUCUUCUGUAUGGAGAUGCGUAUCGCCAUUUAUAGGCCUCGGUACUAGCUCGUGCACCCAGCGUCACCUCUAACCUGCAAGAGUUGUGUUGGUGCAUCCACAAGUCAACACCGAUACUUAGCGGCCAUAUUUCUUCACCCAAACGUAGUCUUAUAACAUAUCAUAAAUUGACUCGACCUUUAGAAGAAUGUUUUAACCAAUACUAUGUUCCACACAUUUCUUACGUUAGCAAUUGGUGAUUACAUUAAAGUAUAAUUUUUUUUAUAACGAAGUCACUAACCACUCCACUUACAUUGUUUUCUCCUGAUAUGAUACUAAUAUAUUUUACUCUAUUUUUUCAUAAAAUUCCUCGUGUGUGUGUGUGUGUGUGUGUGUGUGUGUGUGUGUGUGUUGUCACUCACAGUGUACGGACAUUCAUUUCUUCUUGUCAUAAUCUUGCCCACUGUGUUAGCAAAUAAUAAUAAUAACUAAUAGAAUCUACACAAAGAGACUAAUUGGACUACAUUCUGUGUAUUUAAAAUUAUAUAA